UCUCCCUGAAUUGUCAACAAGUAAUUAACUACAUAGUGUUAUCCAUCGGGCCACAAAUGCGAGUGUUUGUUAAUGUUCUGUCUAUCUACUGCUAUGUGAGCACAUUCACCAGUGAAGUCGCGAUAAUUUUGGCUAUCACAAGGGAGAAAGUCUCACGAUGUGCAGUGCAUCAUUACUAAGAAGUGAACCCAUGGCGACUACAAAAGUCCCAGAGGUUCGUGACACGACCAGGAUCGAGAGAAUUGGGGCGCAUUCACACAUCCGUGGACUUGGACUGGAUGAUGCUUUGGAACCCCGACAGGUUUCACAGGGCAUGGUGGGCCAGUUGGCAUCUAGAAGGGCAGCGGGAGUCAUUCUGGAAAUGAUCAAGGACGGCCAUAUCGCAGGUCGUGCCAUACUUAUUGCUGGCCAGCCUGGUACUGGGAAGACAGCCAUUGCCAUGGGCAUUGCCCAGUCUCUUGGCCAGGACACACCUUUCACAGCGCUUGCAGGCAGCGAGAUCUUUUCUCUAGAGAUGAGCAAGACUGAAGCUUUAACUCAGGCUUUCCGCAAAGCCAUCGGAGUCAGAAUAAAAGAAGAGACUGAAAUCAUUGAGGGAGAGGUGGUGGAGAUCCAAAUCGACAGACCGGCCACAGGGUCUGGAGCCAAAGUUGGCAAGCUUACUCUGAAGACCACAGAGAUGGAAACCAUCUAUGAUCUUGGGACCAAAAUGAUUGAAAGUCUGAGCAAGGAACGGGUUCAAUCCGGAGAUGUGAUCACCAUAGAUAAAGCCACAGGGAAAAUCAGCAGAUUGGGACGAUCGUUCACAAGAGCUCGCGAUUAUGAUGCCAUGGGUGCUCAGACGCAGUUCGUCCAGUGUCCAGAGGGGGAGCUGCAGAAGAGGAAGGAGGUGGUGCACACCGUCUCCCUGCACGAAAUUGACGUCAUCAACAGCCGCACGCAGGGCUUCCUCGCUCUCUUCUCAGGUGACACUGGAGAGAUCAAGUCAGAGGUGCGAGAGCAGAUUAACGCAAAAGUAUCUGAGUGGAGGGAAGAGGGCAAAGCUGAAAUCAUUCCAGGGGUGCUCUUCAUUGAUGAAGUUCACAUGCUGGACAUGGAGUGCUUCUCCUUCCUGAACCGAGCCCUUGAAAACGACCUGUCACCUGUGCUCAUCACGGCCACCAACAGAGGCAUCACCCGCAUUCGUGGAACCAACUACCAGAGCCCACACGGAAUUCCCAUCGACUUGCUGGAUAGAUUACUGAUCAUUGCCACCUCUCCGUACACUGAGAAAGAGACCAAGCAAAUCCUGAAGAUCAGGUGUGAGGAAGAGGAUGUUGAGCUGAGUGAUGAAGCCCACACUGUUCUCACGCGCAUCGGCAUGGAGACGUCCCUACGUUACGCCAUCCAGCUCAUCAGCACCGCCGGCCUGGUGUGUCGCAAACGCAAGGGCACAGAGGUGCAGGUGGAGGACAUCAAACGAGUGUACUCUCUCUUCCUGGACGAAGCGCGCUCUUCACAGUACAUGAAGGACUACCAGGACUCAUUCCUUUUCCAUGAAGCACAGGCUGCCCAGAUGGACACAUCGUAAUGGUGCUACACAGGAUGUUUACUCUUCUUCUCACCCACAUUUGUUAUGAAAUGUUGCAUCAUUCCACUAUGGACUUAAUUCAGCAAAAUCUUUGUAUUACCACUAUGAGAGAUCUGAUUUCUGUGAGGUCCUGAAUAUCAAUUCCACAGGGUUAUCACAAGUUAUCAUCCACAGGUGCACGUUUGAAUGGAGGCGUGCAGAUAUGCUUAUCAAUACAACAAUUGCUAACUGUCUUGGCAGCUUUUGUGUUUGCAAUGUAUCAGUCCAUUGCCAAGCACAGAAAUUACUGACUAGUUAAUAACUAUGGGAUUUGGGAGCGGGUCGGUGUGCAGAGUUCAGAGUGCCUUGUCUGAAUAGCUGUGGUUGGUUGAGAGAGAACCAGUUUUAUUGUUACUGCACCAGUGGUUGUAUGACAUUGAUUUGUGUUAUAUAACUUUAAAUGAAAACGAAUAAAAAAACAUUUCAAAAUAAAUAUCUGCCUCUGAGCAGACCAACUUUUCUAA